UAUAAUAUACAUACGUAUUUAUUGUUACGCUCUUGACGGUAUCAACUGUGCGUCGAUUAAAAAAUUAAACAAUAAUAAAUUGUUAUUUUGCUGUGUUUUUAUCAAUUUUAGAUUGCCAACGGCGGCUAACUUGAUAUCCCCUCCUGCAUUUCUCACAAUAAACUUCUCGUUCAAAGUUCUUCCAAGUAUUCAUUAUACAAAUGCGGGAGUGCUAGUGGCAAGUGCAACAUUCCGAGUCCGCGCCGCGAACACAAUAAUACACAUAUAAAAUAUAAAUUAUUUAAUCACACAAUUCGCGCACGAUCUAGAUAUAGAGAUAAAUCUUAAACAAAUAUAAAGAUAAUAAAAAAUUUAAGUAAUGACUACAUUUGUUACCGUUACUGUAAGAAUAUAACGACGUUACAAGGAACUUCUCAACCGUGCUUAUUAAAUAUAUUUAAAUAAACUUAUUAAACUUAUAAUUGUAAGAUAAGAUAACAAUAAUAAUAUUUGUUAACAAAUUAAUAAACAAAUUGUUAAAUAUUGUCUAAUGCAAUAGAUCCAAGAACUGAAAAAAGAAUACAAAAUUGAAGAACAGUAGUCCUAGUUAAAACUGUCAUUAUUACGACAAAGAUGUUUAUUGCAUUAUUAUUAAUUAUUAUUGUUGUAUAUUUGAUGUGUCAUUGUUAUGCGCAAUAUGGACCAAGUGGACGAUUAAUCAAUAAGAUACCAGGACCACCAGGUUAUCCAAUUAUUGGUAAUUUAUUCAACUUGCUGGAGUCUAGAGAGCAAUUGUGGGAGACUUUAAGGAUUUUAAAUGAGCAAUAUUAUCCUAUUUAUAGAUUGCGAGUCUUUUUCAAUUCUUUGGUAUUUAUCCGUCAUCCCGAUGAUUUGGAGAUAAUUCUAAACAAUAAAAAACAUAUCACCAAGAGUAAUUUAUAUGACACAUUACGUCCUUGGCUUGGCAUGGGUCUUCUUACCAGUGGAGGCUCUAAAUGGCAUUUACGGCGAAAAAUAUUAACUCCCGCAUUCCAUUUUAAUAUAUUACAGCAGUUUGUUGAGAUUUUAAUCGAGGAGGGCGAGAGCAUGACCAGAUCUUUGAAAAAUGCAGGCGGCACUAUUACAAAAGAUUUAGUACCAUUUAUUAGUGAAUAUACACUAAAUGCAAUAUGUGAAACUGCUAUGGGAACUUCUCUGCAAGAAAUGGGUUCAUUUCAACAGGAGUAUCGAAAAGCGGUUCAUCGAAUGGGUGAACUUCUAUUUUAUAGAGGAACGAGACCGUGGUUGAAGUAUGACUGGAUAUUUUCAUUAACAUCAAAAGGUAGAGAGCAAAAAAAGCUCCUGAAAAUAUUGCACGGAUUUACUGAGAAGGUUAUAGCAAAAAGGAAAGACUAUCAUAAACGCACCAAUGGACAACACUUAAAAAACCUUAACGAAGAUGUAGUGCCAAAUGAAACAGAAACUAUUGGAAUUGAAAAAAAACGACUUGCUAUGUUGGACCUCUUAAUAAAAGCAUCUCAAGAAGGUCUUUUAACUGAUUUUAAUAUUAGAGAGGAAGUCGACACUUUCAUGUUCGAGGGUUUUGAUACCACAGGGAUGGCUAUGUGCUUUAUUUUAUCAUUGCUUGCUGAACACAAAGAUAUUCAGGAUUGUGUCAGAAAAGAAAUUGAUGCUGUUAUGCAAGAGAAUCAAGGGAAACUAAAUAUGAAAUCGCUGCAAGAUCUGCAGUAUUUAGAGAGAUGUAUAAAAGAAGCGUUACGUUUAUAUCCUAGUGUUUACUUCAUAUCACGGAUUACUUCAGAAGAAACACAAUUAAAAACAUGUUUGAUACCUGCCGGAACAUUGGUGAUUCUUAAUUUCUACAUAACCCACAGAGAUUCUAAUUUUUGGACAAAUCCAGAAAUAUUUGACCCGGAUAGAUUUUUACCUGAAAAUAUUCGAAAUCGUCAUCCUUACUCGUAUUUGCCAUUCAGUGCUGGACCACGUAAUUGCAUCGGUCAACGAUUUGCUUUAUUGGAGUUAAAGGCAAUGAUAGCUCCUCUCAUUCAUAAUUUCUGUUUGGAGCCUGUUGAUUACUUAGAGAACCAACGAUUUGGAAUUGAUAUGAUACUUCGUGCUCUUGAUCUAUGUCGUCUGAAAUUUGUUCCAAUUGCUACAAAAGACAUAUAAGUAUUUAAAGACAAUUUAAAUUCUAAGAAAUAAUGUUUUAUAUAUAAAUAUUCAAAAAUAAAGAAAAUUACACUUUUUAUUAUAUGCAUUUGUAGAUAUCUAUUAACAAUAAAGACAUACAUGUAUGUGAGCAUUAUAAUUAAACCGAAAAAAAUAAAUAACGGUAUAAGUUA